AUGGCUCGCAUUCAGAUUCCCGUUGACGUUCUCACGUCGCGGCUCAACAUUGGAGACCGUAUCUCCAGCAUGCGCUCCGGUGGCCUGGCUGGUCGCUUCUCGAACCUCCGCCCCGUCGGAGAGUUCUUCGACUUCAAGCGUCUCUCGAAACCCCAAAACUUCUCCGAGGUCCAGUCCCGUGUCAACUAUAACCUCGGCUACUUCUCUAGCAACUAUGCUGUCCUAUUUGUCAUGCUUAGCUUGUACGCUCUUUUGACAAACUGGCUCCUCCUCUUCGACAUCAUCCUCGUCGUCUUCGGCAUGUACGGUAUCGGUCGCCUCGAGGGACGUGAUCUCGAGGUUGGCAGUUUCAAGGCCACCACAUCUCAGCUGUACACAACCCUCCUCGUCGUUUCCAUCCCUCUUGGUCUUAUUGCCUCGCCCUUCAGCACCCUGAUGUGGCUAAUUGGCGCUUCUGGAGUGGUCGGCCGCAAGCUCCCGAUUUUGCGCCCCAGUGGGAAGACCAUCGAGGCGCGGGCGGCGGAGGACACAUGGGGGCCAAGAUUUUGGGACCCGAUUCGGCGGGUCGUGGAGGAGGUUGAGACUGAUGAAGACGGUGAAGCAGGUGAAGAAACGCAUGGAAGAGGAAGAGGCCGCGAGGAGGGCAGCACGGCGAAGGUCAAGGUCACAGCGUAUCGCCAUACCCUUGUCCCAACUCGAACCGACCUCCUCCCGCAGGCAGAGGGCCCCCUCGGCUGCCGACCUGACGGCUCUAGAUCCACACGGUCGCGGUGGAGGGUACCCUCCCAUGGGUUAUUUCCCACCUCCGUCGGCCCCGAGAACACGGUCAUCCACCAACGCAUCACAACGCCCCCGAGUCGAGCUACCGAUGGCCGGGGGUCGUCGCCCUUUGCUUACACGUAUGCGCAACAACAGUCGGCGUCGUCGUCGAGACCCUUCCAGUACCAGGUCUCGGGCCCGCGCGCGCCGCGCGUUUCUGGCGCUGCGGCCGCGUCUGGUACUCGAAGGCACGUGUCGGGCCCGGCAGAGCUCGCUCACGGCGGAUCUCGCCGGGUUGUCGCACCUCCUGCUGCAGCUAGGAGGCCGGCGACCCCGGCAGCUGAUACGAGCGAAGAUUCUAGCGACGACUCGAGCAGCGACGAUGACGAUGAUGACGAUGCCCCAGCUAUUGCGACACCACCGCCGGCCAGGAGAACUCGUGGCGGCGUGAUCGUCGUCGAGGAAGACAAGUCCAAGAAGCCUCCGUCACCGCAAAAGAAACCAUCCAGUGGGUCUAAUGCUAGCGGGGAGGAGCGAGACAAAGAAGGAGAAGGAAGUGAGUGA